AGCUCUACUAUCGGCUAUUCAGCUGGAGCUAUAAAAGGGGGAGGGGGCAAUUAAAAAUAAGAAAAUCAUCAUGGCUACAUCAACGCUGCAGCUGGAAUUUUCACAAGCCAUGGCUGACUUCAAAAAGAUGUUCCCGGACAUUGACCGUGAAGUAAUAGAAGCUGUGCUGCGGGCUAAUUUGGGUGCAGUGGAUCAAACGAUUGACCAACUACUCGCUAUGUCAACUGACAACCAGAACGAAAAACUGCGCAAUGAACUGGAUGCUAAUAUCUCACCACAACAGAGUCUCAUCAAUCUCAGCGACACGGACAGAGAGGUGCGACGCAAUCAUCAGCAGCAAAUAAUUAUCGAUGCCAUGGAUAGCGGUCCAGAAAACACAGUUCCAGCCGUUACCCCGAAUGCUGGACAUACGCAAUUACUGAGCACAACAGCAGCUUCGCCGAAUCACAAUACGGGCGCUUCGCCCAAACAACGUCCGAUUGGAGCUUCAACUAAGAUAAGUGGCAGCAACACCAUUAAUACGACCACCAAGCGCAACAUCAGUCACACCGUUGGAUUGUCCAACAACAGCAGGAAUUGGAGUCCCCCUAUAUUAGGUGUUCUGCCACCUGGAUUUCUGCGCGUGGCGCCCUCUGGCGGUCAGCAAGAUUUCGAGUUGCCCGAUGAACAGUUCGCCCUGAUGCUACAGAAUGAGGAGUUUAUGAACCAGCUGCGAUGGAAUCAGGACUUUAUGAGCGCACUGGAGAAGGAGCAGAGCGGCAAGGCUAAGGGCGAAGAUGAUGCGCCCUUCCAGGAGCGACUCAAGAACAUGGGCAAAAUGUCCCGUAAGAAGUUUCUACAAAUGGCGCGUGUCUUCACUUGGCAGCGCAAUAAAAAAGUAACAACAGCCAAGCAAAUCGAUUCGUUGCCGCUGCGUGAGGAGCAUAGCGACGAUGAGGAUCAUAAUCAACAACAACAGCAGCAAUCUCAACAACAACAGCAACAGUCACAUCAGCAGCAACAAAGCCAGGUCCAAUCCCAGGGUCAAUUACAGCUGCGCAAAUAGA